UGAACCGUCUCCUGAGAUCCAGAUGGUUUUCAGGUCUCCGCUCGACUUUCUCUCCGCCUCGCGCCUCCUCCUGCCCCACUUCGUGGAUGUCCCCCCGCACCUGCCUGGCUCUCGGUCACCGGAGGAGCCUCCCGCCGCGGGCCCUCCCCGGGCUCUCCCGGGACUCUGCUUCUCCGCGGCGCAGAUCGCGAGCGUGUGCGAGACUCUGGAGGAGACCGGAGACAUCGAGCGGCUGGCCCGCUUCCUCUGGUCGCUCCCGGUGACUGCGGACGGCCGCGACUCCAUCUCCGAGCACGAGUCCGUGCAGCGGGCUCGCGCCGUCGUGGCCUUCCACGCGGGCAGCUUCCGCGAGCUCUACCGCAUCCUGGAGACGCACCGCUUUACGCGCGCGUCUCACGGAAAGCUGCAGGCGAUGUGGCUCGAGGCGCACUACCGCGAGGCGGAGAAGCUCCGCGGGAGGCCGCUCGGACCCGUGGACAAGUACCGCGUGAGGAAGAAGUUCCCUCUGCCGAGGACCAUCUGGGACGGAGAGCAGAAGACGCACUGCUUCAAGGAGCGCACGCGGGGGCUGCUGAGGGAGUGGUACCUGCAGGACCCCUACCCAAACCCGGGGAAGAAGCGAGAGCUCGCGCACGCCACUGGACUGACACCAACACAAGUUGGGAACUGGUUCAAAAACCGGAGACAGAGAGACCGCGCGGCAGCAGCCAAAAACAGGUUGCAGCACCACCGGGUGUGUCCAGAGAGAGCUCACGCGCUCAGCGGAGGAGACUGCAGCCCUGACAGCAGCGCAGAGCGCGCUGAUGGAGAGACUUUCCUCUCAGUCACCGACAGUGACUCUGACCUGGACGUUUGAAAUUAUUGGUGGAUGAAAUGGACCUUGUGAGGCCU